AUGCCUGAUGAAAGUUCACUAUAUGUGGGUUCAGAGCCUCUUAAAGGUAUUGCUGCCUUGUUCCUUGUUGAAGGCUGUUUGUUAGGUGGCCAUCCAAACUGGAACAAGUCAGAGGCUGUGAGACUGACUAAGAAAGAUUCUCUGGCCCUCAACGUUGAGAUAGAUCCUGCUGGUUUUGGUAAAGCUAUGGUCACUAUUUGUGAGAUGGUAUGUGAUGUUUUCAGACAGGAACCACGGUUGUUGGAACUAACCUCUCCUGUCUUCGUGCUGGGAGACCUUCAUGGAAAUUUCCCUGAUCUUAUCAAUUUUGAGAAGACAUUAUGGGGUCUUGGUCCAACACUUACACCAAGUUGUUUCUUAUUUCUUGGAGACUAUGUUGACAGAGGGGCUCACAGUGUUGAGGUUAUAGCUUAUCUUUUUGCUUAUAAAGUUCAGAAUCCAAAGCGGAUAUGGCUUCUCAGAGGAAAUCAUGAGAUCAGAGAAGUACAAUUGAGGUACACAUUCCUCAAAGAAGCAACAACAAAAUUUGGAGAAACUUUAGGAAAACAAGUGUGGCAAUCAGUAAACUUGGCAUUUGAUGCUUUACCAUUAGCUGCUGUUAUUGAUGACAGGGAUUCGACUCUGAACUAA